UCAAGGGACGCUCUUGAAGCAGGGCACCACCACCAUCUUGCUUCGGCAGUUUUUCAGCCUCGCCCGGUACCUCCUUGGCCGGCUUGCUCCUACAACCGCGCAGCCUCGGAUAGCCGACUCCUCGAGAUAGCCCUCUCCGCUUUAUUGUCACGUUGCGGACACCUGCCUUUUGUUGAGCAGCCUUUCGGCCCUUUAAUCCGCUCCUUCCCGCUUUCUGUGCUUCCGUCUCGACCAUGGCUGCCGGAGUAGUGCCCUAUUGGGUGGUCAACAUCCCAAAGUUCUUUGUUGUCAUCUUCUUCUCCAUGUUUGCUCUCUUUGCCGGCUACACUCACAGAAAUGUGGUCUCGGUCACCAAGCAUGACAUGGCCGGUCAAGCUUCCCCACCCUGGAACCUCAACAUGAUCGCUCAGUAUGUCGCGGCUUACUAUUACGGAUACAUCAUCUUCCAGCUCGUCAUUGGAAUCCUUUGCAUGCGAUACGGAGCCAAGUGGAUCCUGGGCAUUGGACUCUUGAUGUCCUCAGUCUUUACCCUGAUUAUCCCAUCCCUUGGACAAAACUAUGCCGGCCUCAUAGUGACCCGCAUUGUCACUGGCCUCUUCCAGGGCGCUGCCAUCCCCGGCACCACGGCGCUUUAUGCCCAGUGGAUCCCGGCUGAAGCAUAUUCUAUCGCCACGGGCAUCCAGUACUCCGGCAUGUACAUUGGAACGGCCUGCGUCAAUGGUCUCUCCACCAUGAUCGGAGCCAACCUCGGUGGCUGGCGUGGCGACUACUAUGUCUGGGGUAUCCUUGGCCUGGUGUGGUUCGUCACCUACAUUUUCUGUAUCCAGUCCUUCCCCAACCCGAACGAUGCCCACGUUCGCCAUAUUGAUCACGACGAGCACCACGACCCCGUGGCCACCCGGUCCAACUCGGUCCACACGGGCGUCAACGUCAGCAACCUUGGUCACGAUUCCAAUCCCCACCAACACCAUGGCAAUGGCCACCCUGAGAUCGGUCACUCGCUCGGCGACCAUGAUCAUGAUCACGAUCACGCGCACACUCGCACGAGUGAAAGCCAAAAGAUGCUGCAGAACCACCACGACACCCAUGGCCUACACCGCCCUCCCGUCUCCAGCCUUUCCUGGGGACAGAUCUUCACUCUCUAUGCCCACUUCCUACGGACCCCAAGCUGCCUGGUCUUCUACUGUGUCCAUUUCUGCUCAAACUGGUCCAUGUAUCUGCUGAUGGGCUAUGCCACGACCUUUCUCUCGACCGUCCUGGGUCUUGAUGCUGAUACCACGAGUCUCUUUGGCUUCCUGCCCUAUGUGUUCCUGUGGGUUGUCCUCAUGGUUUCUUCGCUCGCUGCGGAUGCUGUUAUCAAGAAAAAGUACUUUUCCGUCACCAACGUUCGUAAAUUCUUGGUUUGCCUCGGAUUCUUUGGCCCAGCACUAUGCAUGGUUGGAAUCACCCAGGCCAAGACGACUGUCGCCGGCUCAGCCUUCUUCAUCUGCGCCAUCACCCUCUCCGGAGCCGCCAUCCCCGGAUUCUUCCCCAUGGCCCUUGACAUUGGUGGCGAGGUUGGCGGCUUGGUCAUAGCCGUCUCCAACACCAUCGCCACCAUCCCAGGCAUCGCCGCUCCGUUGACCCAAGGCGCUCUGACCCAGGCCGGCGGCUGUGUCAACGCCUACCCCGAGUCCGCAUCGUGUGUGGCGGCUUGGCAGACAGUCUUUUACAUUGCCAUCGCCGUCUACGCCGUGGGAGGCACUGUAUGCCUCUUCUUUGCGUCCUGUGAGCGCAAAGACUUUUUGUCCACGCUGCACUUUGACCAUCCCAUCUCUGAUGACCAUCACGAUACCUCGAAUGCACAAGCUGUCCGUGGAAAAUAACAUGGUCAUAAGAGGGUGCGUCCCGGCUCCGAACGUAUGUUUGCGAACAAUCCGCAUUCCAUAUCGAUUACUUCGUGAGCAUAAGGACAAUUACACCAUCCAACACAAGCAAACAUCUGCAUCAUGAAACACAAUCAUCUUCAUUAUGAAGCA